AACGCUUAUUGGCUGACCAUCUCUCUUUCUUCCAUUCCCAGUCUCUUAUUACGCACGUUUCUUUCUCUUUCGGAUCGGUGGGGUUGUCGGAUUAACGGUUCUAACUAGCGACACUGCAAUCAAAAAUGGGAUACAAGUUGACCUACUUACCAAUCCAGGGACGUGCUGAGCCCAUUCGUCUGCUUCUCCUUGACAAUGGUGUUGAUUUUGAAGAUGAAUUGGUAACAUAUGCCGAUUUCCCAAAAAUAAAGGCGACAUUGCCUUUCCGUCAGGUGCCUGUAUUGUAUGAUGGAGAUUUGGUCUGUGCUCAGUCGAAUGCUAUCUUAAGAUAUUUAGCCAGAAAACAUGGCUUGUACGGCAGCAACGACUUAGAAGCUUUCAAAAUCGAUAUGUUCAACGAUGGGGUUGAGGAUCUGAGAGUUGCAUAUACUAACAUGAUUUAUAGAAACUAUGCUGGCAAAGAUGAGUUUGUGAAUGACAAGUGUCCAGUUCAGCUUGAAAUUCUAGAGAAUCUUUUUAAAGCUAACAAUGGAGGUGGUGCUGGUGGAUUUGCUGCUGGGGAAAAGAUUUCAUUUAUGGAUUACAACUUCUACAAUCUUCUGGAUAUCCUUUUGGUUCUGUCACCCCCCAUAUUGGACAAGUAUGCAGUUCUAAAGGGCUAUCAUCAACGCAUGUCCGCACGUCCGAAAAUUGCAGCCCGACAGGCCACAGAUGCCUACAAACAGUUGAAGAUCAAUGGAAAUGGAAAACAAUAGAUGUAUGCAUUUAGACUUGAAGAUUUCUUCUACGGAUUACAACUUCUACAGUAUUCUGGAUAUCCUCUUGACUCUGUCGCACUCCAUAUUAGACAAGUGUCCAGCUCUAUCUGUCUGCACAUCCAAAAAUUGCAGCUUGACAAGCCACAGAUGCCUACAAACAGUUGAAGAUCAAUGGAAGUGGAAAACAAUAGAUAUAGACUUGAAAUGGAAGUGGAAAACAAUAGAUAUGGGCUUGAAAUUUUAAGAAAUUGGAUGACUUAAGCUGGGAUUAAUCUCAGCUAAAAUGUGUAUUGAAAUGAUUGAGUUUUAUAUGUAAAUCAUACAUAUAUUAAUUGAAAGUGACAAUUUUAUAGUGAUUUCUGUAUACAGUACCAUGAACUACUGGAAUACAUUUUUUAACCUUGAGGUUUUUAAACUGCAGCAGCCAAAUGAUUUUAUUGUUUAAAUUGCAUGCAUUCAUAUGUGUUCUUGUGGAAGAAGAAAUAUAAUAUGUAACUUGAUUUGAAAAUUAUGAAUAUAUAAAUUUAAUCAUGGGAGUUCUACGUUCAUCAAAUAGUUAGAAAGUAAUGUUUUUUUGUAUAGAAGUGUAGGUACAUAUGGUGUUGGUAUUGAGAAGUAAAAGAAAGAGUAUGCUGCA